AUGCAUAGAAGAUACAGCAUCCAUGGGGUACAUGUUGACCAACAUCUGCUGGAGCCUUUCCACGUAGACAUCUGCCCUGAGAUCCAGAAAGUGAGACAACAGGAAAUGGAGCAGAUGAAGAACCUUAACAGCCAAUUUGCUGAUUUCAUUGAUAAGGUGCAGUGCUUGGAACAGAAGAACCAGCUGCUUGCAACCAAAUGGUCCUUCCUACAGAAACAAGCCAAACCACCCACAAAAUGUCUGAAAUCUAUUUUCGAGCAGUUCAUUUGCAACCUGAAGAAGCAGCUGGAUCAUUUGCUGUGCGAGAAGGGAAAACUGGAGACUGAUUGUGAGUGUUCAAAAGAGGAGGCUGAGGACUGCAAGUGCAGGUAUGAAGAGAAAGCAAACCAACGCUGUGCUGCAGAGAACAAAUUUGGAGAACUGAAGAAGGAUAGAGACUGUGUCGUUUUGACCAAUGCAGAGCUGGAGAUACAAGUCAGUCUCCUCUCCCAAGAGAUCGAGUUCCUGAGAUGCAUAUAUCUGAAGGAGGAAGCUCAACUGGACCAUCACACUGGAGAUUUGGAUGUGGUUGUGAAAAUGGACAACAGCAGGGGUUUAGACAUGGACAGCAUUAUUGCCAUCCUCAGGGAAGAGUACAAAGAAAUUGUCCAGAGGAGCAAAGCCGAGGCAGAUGCCUUUUACCAAAACAAGUAUGAAGAGGCUCAAAGCAAGAGAUGCUGCUUCAAGGGAGACCUGAAGAAAUACAAGCAGCAGAUUUCAGAACUUACAAGGAGGAUUGAGAAGCUUCAGUGUGAAAUUCAGAGUGUGCAAAAGGAGAAUGAUGAGCUGCAGAAGGCCGUCUGUGAUGGGACGGAAGGUGGUGACUGUGCCCUGAAAGAUGCUCAGGAGAAAUAUGCUGAGUUGGUGGAGGCCCUUCGGAAUGGCAAAGACGAACUGGCAUGCCUGGUGUGUGACUACCAGGAGCUACUGAAUACAAAGCUUGCCCUAGAUAUUGAGAUUGCAGCCUACAAAAGCUUGCUGGAAGGGGAAGAGGAGAGGAUGUCCAAAGAUUGUGCAAACUCAGUCAGCAUAUGUAAGUAG